AUGACUGACCCGAAUCACCCGCCCUCUUUUCACUAUCAUCCCCAUCAGUCUCCCACGGAGUACUAUGAAAAUGAAUCGAAUCCCUUCUUUGCCGGAGGAGACCCUCGUUACCCUCAGGCCUCUCUGGGGCCUCCGAGCAAUUACGAUAUGAUAUCCGGACCUUCGGAACCCGGCCCAGGUCCCUCUCGGAUCGUCUUCGAUGACGGAUCGCUUAACAAAAAGGUGCAAAUUCCCAGAUCGACAAACCCCAGCACCUGGACCACCAGCGGACGUGUGAGUCGGGCGUGUGAGAACUGCCGAGAUCAGAAGGCAAAAUGUAGUGGACAUCGCCCAACUUGUCAACGAUGCCAGGAAUCCGGUCUGCAAUGUUCAUACGGCGAUCGGAAGCGGGAGAAGAUGGCCAAGCAGCUCAAUGAUCUGACAAACCAAGUUCAGGUUUAUGAGGCUCUAUUGAAAGAGCUCUGUUCUAAAUUGGACUCGCAGACUGCCGAGUAUGUCGAGCAGGUGAUUGAGAAACAAAGACUCAGUAACAACCCGGCACCUGGUCGCAGAGGCUCAACAAUGUCUUUGGCAUCCAGAAUGACGGAUGCUUCUCCCCUUCCAAGCCCUGGUCCAAAUCCCUUCCUUGGCGGACUGGACUACACCAGCGAAGACUUCAACCGCGAUGAAAAGACUCAAGCGAUAGGAUUCAUCGGCGAACAUUCGGAAAUCGCCUGGUUACACAGGCUACAACAAAUUCUCGAUUGCCCUAAUACCGUCUCUCCACACGAGAAGCCGAAUCAACCAUCCAUUUCCUCCGUGAAUUUCUUUCUGGACGAUUCCGAUGUGCCUUUCAAUCAGGAUGCGGACCCUGGGAAACGACCUCCACAAGCAGUAGCUGAUCAACUCGUGGGUAUCUAUUUCAACGUCGUGAACCACUCUUUCCCUAUCAUUGGAAAAUCGCUGUUUUUGGAACAAUACAAAUGCUUUUACACCCGCUCAGUACGACCGGGAGAUCAAUGGCUGGCGAUUCUGAAUUUAGUGUUUGCUAUCGCUGUGAGACAUUCUGAACCAGCCCGAGCCGGCCCAAGAGAUGGCGUUGAUGAUCAUCUCUUCUACUUCUCUAGAGCCUGGAAGCUCACCAUGAGCGGUGCUGGGCUACUGGAGCACCCCAACCUACAGCAGAUACAGGUAGAGGGUCUUAUAUCGUUUUAUCUUUCAUCUGUGGGUCAUAUUAACCGGUCGUGGCGCAUCUGCGGCAUGGCCUUACGGUCAGCUGGCACGAUGGGGUUGAAUCUACGAAACGAAAGCAAACCACUUAACCCUCCGUCGAAAGAAGCACGUUAUCGAGUCUGGUGGGCCUUGUACAUAUUCGAUCUCCAUCUUUGUGUGUUGACCGGCCGCCCUCCGAACUCUAGUGAUGAAUUCUGCACCACACCACUCCCGGUACCGUUUGAAGAAGAGACUUUCAAUGACGCAGCAUCCACUCGGCGCCUCAUGAAGGACAACGAGGCACGGGGGAUUUUCAUGGAAACACUCGGUCUGGGCCGCUCCGGAUACUUGGCGUCCGACGGCGCGUCGCCAGAUACUCCCGGGCACUCGCUCCCUAGCCCCGGUAGACAAUGUGAUCAGAUUGCCUCCAGCGCCUUUGAAGCACUCGAGCCGAAUCCUUCACUCUACUUUCUCCACAUCGUCGACUUGGGUUUCAUUGUGCGGGAGGCGAUUGACACGUUAUACGCUCCAGGCGCAGCUCGGAUGUUGUGGCGGGAGAUCGAAGUGGCGAUUUCCACUUUGAAUGGCAAGAUUGACGCUUGGCUCACAAGACUGCCGGUCGCUUUUCAAUUCACUCAGGGCACUCGGGGGUUUGAACGAGAGCGAACCAAUAUGGCAUUUUUUUUCCACAGCGCCAAAAUCCUUGUCGCUCAGCCUUGUUUCAGUCGCCUGACUCGGCAGACUUCGGGAACCGACAUAACCGGCAACUUUUGUGAAUCGAUGGCCAUUGCGUGUGUCGACCUGGCGGUUCAGAUGCUUGAAAUUUUUCCCGAACACCCGGAUUCUUCCUGGAUCUACGGCGUCUCCCCCUGGUGGUUCUUGUUGCACCUGCUUAUGCAACCGAUUGCCAUUAUUAUGACCGAGUUGCUACUUGCAAAACCGGGCGCAGCCAAACGCAGGAAGCUACUAGCAAUCGUCUCUAAAGCGACCCGCUGGCUAGCGGAGCUUUCGACGAAAGAUCCUGCAUUUCAGCGGGGCGAGGAAGUGUGCAGGGAACUCGCUCAACACGACCCGCAACUCGCGAUGGAAUUAUACACGGACCGUGAGAGGCACUGA